AAGUCGCUCAGUGAUGUUUACUACAGCGCUGAGGUUUUUGGUGCAUCACAGUGCGCCAGUCCAUUGCUGCAUGUCAAGUUAAUAACCAGUCCUCUUAGCCCCCGUCGUGGAGAAGGCGCGUACAGUUUUCCAUUUCACCCUCCUCAUCAUACCUAUCCCUGUCUGUCUUUAUAUGUCAUUUUGCCUGCGCGGGGUAAGUUACACAACUAGCCCGGCAUGCAAAAUAGAAACACGUGUCUGUAGGCGGUGCUGUAAAAUACAGGUUUAAUGAACAACAAAGACCGGCUAACACCGCAGAGGACGAAAAAAAACAGCUGUGUCGCAGGUUUUUUCUGCGAUUCAUAGCCUCAAACGUGCAGGUUUGAUCAUGCCUUUCAGUCGGAGAUGAGAGGUACGGACUCAACAUGUGUUUUCCUUCUAGAGAGGACAAUGACACGAACAUGAUCAACGCCGAUGGCUUCUCAAAAUGCGAGGCGACUCUGCAAGAGAAAGGCAGGAGGAGGCCCCCCGCAGAGAUGCUCCAUCUGCUGUCAGCUGUUAUUGUUUGGCUGGUGACGGGAACCACCAUCUCCAGCCUCAACAAAUGGAUCUUUGCCGUUUACAACUUCAGGUACCCUCUGCUGCUGUCAGCGCUGCACAUGCUUACAGCCAUAGUGGUGGACUAUGGGCUGAUCAAACUGCGGUUGAUCCGCCAGUUAGGGGGUGGAGAGCAGGUGCUGACCUCCAGCGCAAAAUGUAAGGUGUUCCUGUUGAGUCUGACAUUUUGUGCCAGUAUCGCUUUUGGGAACAUGGGUCUGAACCAAGUCCAGCUGUCGUUUGCACAAAUGAUCUACACCACCACACCUCUCUUUACUUUGGCCAUCUCCACGCUGAUCCUGGGCAAACAACACCACUUCCUCAAAUACACAGCCAUGAUGCCCAUCUGCCUGGGAGCCUCCUUCAGCAUCAUGGGAGAGGUCCAGUAUGACCAGACCGGCUGCUUCUUUGUGUUUGCAGCGACCAUGUUGAGGGGUGUCAAGUCCAUUCAGCAAAGCAUCUUGCUUCAGGAGGAGAAAAUCAACUCUGUGUUGCUGCUCUACCUGAUGUCCAUUCCUAGCUUCUGCAUCUUGGCCGUGGCAGCUCUGGCCUUAGAGAACUGGGCUGUGCUGGAGUCGCCGCUCCAUUACGACUGCCACCUGUGGGUCUUUAUCUUGCUCAGCUGCCUGGGCUCAGUGAUGUACAACCUGGCCAGCUGCUGCGUCAUCACGCUCACCUCUGCCGUCACUCUGCAUAUCCUCGGCAACCUGAGCGUGGUCGGAAACCUGCUGUUGUCUCAGCUGCUUUUCGGCAGCGAGCUGUCCGCCCUAAGCUGCGCCGGUGCCGUGCUAACAUUGUCUGGCAUGCUCAUCUAUCAGAACUCAGAGUUUAUCGUCAGCUUCCUGGACGCACGCAAGGCCAAAGCGGAAAAGUCCGGACAUGUGGAUUUUCACACUACAAGUGGAGAGGACGUGGACAAAGAUAGUGCAUCUGAACCAACACAUCAUCAGCAAAGAACGGACGGGAAACAGGAAGACAAGAUAGACUGAACUGAAAGGAUGAAGGAGAGAAUAAAACGCUGAAGGAUAAAAUGAUGAAACACCCCGGCUGUAGUUGUCUACCCUUUGUGUAUGUAAGUGGUCAAGAGCAGCAGAGGGAGUGUGACCUUAUAAGGUCAUCAUCACUGAUGAUGUGAUGGAUUUUAUUUAUUUUUUAGCUUCCUCACUGUUUAUUUCUCCUCUGAUCACACAGAAAUGGAGUCUGCAGAGAGGAAGAGAUUGCCUUUAUUUGUCACGGUGAUGGUAAAUUCUCUCCUUCAUCUGUAAAUCACUCAUACAUAACCUAUAGUGGUAUAUGCAUGCAUGAGCACUUAAACUGUUUGAUACCUCAUGAGGUAUUCAUACUGUCACUCAUACUACUCCACUGUGAAAUGUUCUCAUUGACAGAGGGCUCUAAUCAAUGUUUUGGUUGGCUGUCGUGGAUAUCGCAGGCUGCAGAGACGUUGACGUCAUGUGACGUUGAGGCUUAGAGAGCACUCCGCCUCAAAUCUGAACCGGCACAAUUUGUACUAAAAAUAUAUAUUAAUAGUGUUACCUGAGAUUCACCUGGCCAUGUCAUGGUAAGGGAUUUUGGCAGCUUUUCUUUUUUUUUUCUGUUAUGUGAAGCAUGCAGCUUGUUAUAUAAGGACACUAAAACUUUUAUUUAGAGGCAGAAGUUACAAUGAUGGAAAAAAAACUAACUUAUUUGUGUAAUGAGAUGACUCUUUACCUCUACUGAAGCACAUUUUUAAAUAAGAGGCCUGAGCUCUGUGUUCUGUCCUUGCAUAUGAACCUCACUGUGGCUUCACACUUAAGGCCUAAAUUUUGUUCUCAGGCAGUCUCUGUAGUAUUAGUCCAAUUAUUUCCAUCCUUUACAACAGUGCGCUCACUGCAGCUUUCCUCAAUAAUUAGGUUCACAAGUUCUCUAAGGAGUGUCACUCAACUUUAGCUGUCUUUUCCCUGUGGAAGAGAUGAGGAAGAAGACAAUUCAGAUGUCCUUUUGCUUCUUAAAUCCCAGCUAAUGUUAUCUGUUAGGUUUAAUUUUUCCCUUUCUGUUGGUGACAUUUUUAAAAGUUGGUUACAAGCAGUUCUUAAAAAACUAACCUCUG